GCUAACUUGGCUAACUCCUCAAUUCAAAUAGCGACAAAGUAAUUUCUUUUCGUUCAGUAAGCAAACCGCUCUGAUAUUAAACACUUGAACACGUCUCCAGCAGCUGCCAAUUCUAAAGAUUCGCGCUCCGCUAAAUCCACUGAAUUCGUCAGUAUGUCUGUCACACAAUUUCUGUUGGCGAUACUGAUUGGUCUGCUGGGUUAUGCAGUUUACUGGUUGCGUCAACGCUUCAUGUACUGGGAGGUGCGCGGCAUUGCCUUCGAAAAACCAAACUAUUUUCUAGGCAACUUGAAUGGCAUACGCACGACACGCUCGUUUUUGGAAAUUUGGUUGGCUACCUAUAAGAAAUUCAAGGGCACCGGCCCAUUUUGUGGCUUCUUUUGGUUCCAGCGUCCUGCGGUGUUCGUAUUGGAUACAAAAUUGGCAAAAUCUAUAUUAAUAAAGGAUUUUAAUAAUUUUGUCGAUCGCGGCUUUUAUACCAAUGUCGAGGAUGAUCCACUCACCGGACAGCUUUUCCUAUUGGAAGGUCAUAGAUGGCGUGCCAUGCGCAAUAAACUGUCGCCUACUUUCACAUCUGGCAAAAUGAAGUACAUGUUCCCGACUGUGUUGCGUGUGGGUGAGGAGUUCGUGCGCGUUCUAGCGGAUACAAUACAGCAGCAACCAAUUCUAGAAAUACGUGAUUAUUUGGCGCGUUUCACCACCGAUGUUAUAGGCACUUGCGCAUUUGGUAUCGAUGUGAACAGUUUGAAUAAUCCCAACGAUGAGUUUCGUCAGAUGGGUAGACGCGUUUUCACCGACUUGCGGUAUGGGCGGCUAGGUUUGGCUUUAAUUAAUAGCUUUCCCAAAUUGUGUCGGAAGUUGCAUAUAAAAAGUACACCUGAUCACAUCACCGAAUUCUAUAUGCGCCUCGUACGCGAGAAUAUCGAUUAUCGUGAGAAAAAUAAUAUCAGACGUAACGAUUUCUUCGAUAUGCUAUUGGAUUUGAAAAAUAAUAAAUUAUUGAAAUCUUUGGAUGGCGAGGAAAUGAGCAUAACGGUUGAGGAGUUGGCAGCACAAGCGUUUGUUUUUCUGAUUGCUGGUUUCGAGACUUCAUCGACUACAAUGAGCUUCGCACUCUACGAGUUGGCACAGCAUGAGGAUAUACAAGAGCGCGUGCGUGCUGAGAUUGCGGAAGCUUUGGAGAAACAGAAUGGCGAUUUCACUUAUGAGUGCAUGAAAGAUAUGGUCUACUUAGACCAAGUGAUAUCAGAGACGCUCCGCCUUUAUACUGUACUGCCGAUUCUGAAUCGCGAGUGCAUGGAGGAAUAUACAGUGCCUGGCAACCCGAAAUUCGUUAUCAGCAAAGGCAUGCAAGUGCUAAUACCGGCUGCUUCAUUUCACCGUGACGCUGAUAUAUACCCCAAUCCGGAUACUUUCGAUCCUGAUAACUUCUCACCCGAGAAGGUGGCCCAACGGGACAGCGUGGAGUGGUUGCCUUUUGGCGAUGGCCCGCGUAAUUGUAUCGGCAUGCGGUUUGGUCAAAUGCAAGCUCGUAUUGGCUUGGCUUUGUUGCUGAAGAACUUCAAAUUUUCAGUGUGCGGAAAAACGCCAAUUCCGAUGACUUACGACAAGGAACAAUUUCUAGUGCAAUCUGAGCAUGGCAUUUCUUUGCACGUCGAGAAAGUGAGCGCGUCGGGUAAAUACACCCGUUGUGUUUCUAAUUUUACUCACGCUGCUGAGAUGUCUCCCACAGAAGCACUAGUGAGCAUUGUGCUGGGCCUACUGGGCUACGUCAUAUACCGCCUGCGUCAGGGUAUGACCUACUGGCAGCGACACGGUAUUCCUUGUGAGGAGCCACAUUAUUUAGUUGGCAAUUUGGUUGGUUUGGGCAAGACGCGUUCAUUCCCGGAUAUUUGGCUGGAUACUUACAGAAAGUUCAAAGGCACUGGUCCCUUUUGUGGCUUUUAUUGGGGCCGAAGCGCAUCUGCUUUUGUGCUGACACCAGAAUUGGCUAAACUGGUACUUAUUAAAGACUUUAAUAAAUUCAGUGAUCGCGGCUUUUACCACAACGACAAGGACGACCCUCUUUCCGGGCAACUUUUUAUGCUGGAUGGUCACAAAUGGCGGAGCAUGCGGAAUAAACUCUCUCCCGCAUUCACCAGUGGAAAAAUGAAAAUGAUGUACCCGACUAUUGUGAAAAUAGCUGAUGAGCUCUCAAAUUUGACGGGUGCUAUGCAAAAGCAAGAUACCGUGAUAGAGGUGAAAGAGGUGUUGGCGCGCUUCACUACCGAUGUGAUUGGCACUUGUGCCUUCGGCAUAGAAUGCAAUAGUUUAAAGGAUCCCAAUUCAGAGUUUCGCGCAAUGGGUAAGAAAGCUUUAACGGAUGUGAGACAUACACAGCUGGCACGUACCAUUAUUAGUAGUUAUCCAGAAUUGGCCAAAUGCCUGCACAUGAAAGUCAUACCCGAUCACAUUACUAAAUUUUACAUGGGUAUCGUGUGCGAGAACAUCGAAUAUCGUGAAAAGAAUAAUAUUAGACGCAACGACUUCUUCGAUAUGUUGCUGGAUCUGAAGAAUAACAAAGUACUGAAGUCGGAAGAUGGCGAGGAUAUGAGUAUAAGUGUUGGCGAAUUGGCCGCGCAGGCAUACCUGUUUUUGAUAGCCGGUUUUGAGACUUCAUCGACCACAAUGGCAUUUGCGCUCUACGAGUUGGCACAGCAUGAGGACAUGCAGCAGCGUGCGCGUGAGGAGAUUUUAGAGGUGAUGGUACGUCACGAGGGCAAACUUACCUACGAGUGUAUGAGCGAAAUGGUGUACUUGAAUCAGAUUAUAUCAGAGACCUUACGUUUGUAUACUGUGCUGCCAAUACUGAAUCGCAUGUGUCUGGAGGACUACCCGGUGCCGGGCCAUCCGAAGUACGUCAUUAAGAAGAAUAUGAAAGUGUUGGUGCCAGCAGGUGCAAUGCAUCGCGAUGCCGAUCUAUUUCCCAAUCCAGAUAAAUUCGAUCCGGAGCACUUUUCGGCGGAACAAGUGGCCAAACGCGAUGGUAUUGAAUUCUUGGCCUUCGGUGAAGGGCCGCGCAAUUGCAUCGGUAUGCGCUUCGGCCAGAUGCAGGCGCGCGUGGGUUUGGCGUAUUUGCUGAAAAGCUUUAAGUUUAGUGUCUGCGAUAAAACGCCAAUACCGAUGGUCUAUAAUACGAACACCUUCCUGGUGUCUUCUAACACUGAUAUCGGGCGCCCUCUGGUUGUAAUUAGCCUUACCGCGACACCGGGGCACUGUCGUGGCCAAUGCCCUCCAACUGCCAGCGAAAUCAAGGAUAUGGAAGUUGCCGACAUGGCCCUGGGGUCAGAUGGCAAAGCUUCUGCAAUAGCACCAGAGGAAGAGGAGAAACUACUAUCUUCUCCCACUCGUGACUCAGGAAGAAAGGAUGAAAACAAGGUGCGGCUGUGUGGUGCCGCCAAAAAGCGUCUAAGCGAGAAAAAAAGUUAUCAAAACAAAGUCAGCCGCGCAACACACCCAAGCACACCACCAAAAAAAGUAUUAACAAUGUCAAUGACCGUGAUAUUGUUGACGAUCGUCAUCGUCUUGUUCGCUACGUUGCUACUUCUGCUGCAUCAUCGCCUCAGUUACUGGCGCAGGCUGGGCAUACCACACGACAAACCCAGCUGGCUUUUGGGCAAUUUGGUGGAGGCACAACGCACACUAAGCUUUGCCGACAUCAGCCGCAAUAUCUACUUAAAGUACAAGGGCACUGGUCCCUUUUGCGGUUUUUACUUCUUUCAUAGACCGGCAGCGGUGUUGCUGGAUUUUGAACUGAUAAAAAAUGUGCUCAUUAAGGAUUUUGCAAAUUUCGCCGAUCGUGGCAUGUUCAGCAACGAACGUGAUGAUCCACUGACAGGACAUCUCUUUCUAUUGGAUGGUCACAAGUGGCGUAGUCUGCGUAAUAAGCUCUCGCCCACUUUUACCUCGGGUAAAAUGAAAUUAAUGCUGCCGUCCAUAAUUGAGGUGACACAAAAUUUGGUAGACGUGUUGGGUGAAAAGCUGCAGGUAGACAAUGUUGUUGAGUUGAAGGAGUUAUUUUCGCGUUACACUAUUGACAUCAUUGGCAAGGUGGCAUUCGGCCUCACUUGCAAUUCGUUGCGUGAUCCCGACGCAGAAUUUGCAAUCAUGGGCCGACGUUCGUUUAGCGAAUCGCGUCAUGCACCCGUGGUGAGUGGUUUCAUGCAAAGCUUUCCUAAUUUGGCGCGUCGUCUGCGCAUGCGCACGAUACAUGAUGACGUUAGUGAAUUCUUUAUGCGUCUUGUGCGUGAAAUUGUCGAGUAUCGUGAGAAAAACAACAUCAAGUGCAACGACUUUAUGAGUAUCCUCAUCGAUUUGCGCAACGAUAAAAAACUGCGUGGCGAGAAUGGCGAAGAAAAAUGUCUGACAAUAGAGGAGAUGGCAGCACAGACAUUUGUAUUUUUCAUAGCUGGCUUUGAGACUUCUUCUACCACAAUGUCGUUCGCCGUGUAUGAGUUGGCACAACGACCGCUACUGCAAGAGCGUUUGAGGCGCGAGGUACUGGCAACAUUUGCCAAUCACAACAACGAGUUUACCUAUGAGUGUUUGAACGAGAUGCCGUAUAUGGACCAGGUAGUGUCUGAGACCGUAAGAAAAUAUCCAAUUGUGCCGCAUCUUAACCGGCAAGCUUUGAACGACUAUGUCGUGCCGGGUCAUCCGAAUUAUGUGAUCAAGAAGGGCAUGGCAGUAAUUAUACCCUCUGUGGGCAUACACUAUGAUCCCGAUGUGUACCCAAACCCAGAGCAAUGGGAUCCCGACCGUUUUACACCGGAGAAGGUAGAGCAGAGUGAUUCAGUCAGGUGGUUGGCGUUUGGCGAAGGACCACGUAAUUGUAUAGGGCAACGUUUUGGACUCAUGGAGAUUCGUAUCGGUCUUGCACAUUUGCUGCAAAAAUAUCGGUUCAGCGUAUGCGAUAAAACUGAGAUACCACUGAAGAUCAAUGUGAAAUCGUUUUUGAUAAGCUCACUUAACGGUAUCUAUGUGAAAGUGGAAGAGCGUGAAACAACGAGCUGAGCUGGAAGCUGCGAAGUUGGCUUGAUACUAAAACGCCAUAUUGCAAAUACGGGAAAAGUGGAUUUAUAGAUUUAUAUUUUGCUCAAAUUUGAGACAUCACAGCAGCUAGUACUUCAUAUUAAUUAGGGUUUUAAAAAUGGUUAAUAAAAGUAAUAAUAAUAGUAAUACUGCUAAUAGAUAGUGCCGUAGCCGAUUGGGGUGGCGUUUGACUCUGGACAUGAAACACCAAAAUGAUAGAAAAAUAUUUUUGUAAUUCUGGUCGCCCCUCGGCAGGCAAG